AGGACAUCUGUUGCAAGUUAUAUAUCUAUAUAUGUAUAAAGAUUAUCUAAUCUACGAUCAAUACUGAUAUUGUGGAUAUUUAUUAAGGCACGUUAUUUAGCCUUUGGAUAUACAUUACAUUACUUCAGCGAAGCGAUCUAGUGAAAAUUAAUGGAAUUUAAUUCAUGUGGGAAAUGAACGUCGUCUGAACGUUAACAUUUGCUGCUUGACGUCAUGACGUCAUUUCCGUCGCAAAAUUAACCAGAAUAACAUUGAGGGGCAAAGCAAUUUAACGUUUCUUCUGUGCAGCUCAAUGAAGCCUGUAAACAAGGAGUGAAGUUAUAUCUGGAUAUGAAUAAUAACGAGGAUACCGCAAAUAUUCCGGCCGGCGAAAGUGAUAAGAGGCCAUUCAACGUUGUAGAAAUGGAGACAGCGCCCGUGCAACAGGAAGCACUUACAAACGGAAUCAUUCAUACAUUCUGUGACGCAUGUAGAAAACAAUCACUGGAUAAUAUUGCUGGGAAGUAUUGUUGGCAAUGUCGGCAAAAUUUAUGUGAGAAAUGCGUCGUAAUGCAUGGGUACUUUUCGGCGCUGGAACAACACACGAUCGUACCUAUUCUGGAGCUCUCUGCACGGGAACCCGGGGACGCGUGCGGCACGGAGAAUGUAGUGGCGGCGGUGCCCACUGAGCGCUGCCCCAAACAUCCGGAGAAGGUGAUAGACAUGUUCUGUAGUAACCACGAAGUCGUGGCUUGCUCCCUCUGCUUCCUGCCACAUUAUAAACUGUGCAGCGACAUUCACUACGUACCUGACAUUGCCGCCAAGAUCGUGGACGACAGUUCUGUUGAGAGGGUGAAAGGGGACAUUGAGACAGCCAAGACCAGUCUGGACAACGUUGUCUUGCAGUGCAGGGGCGUUAUGGGCGACCUGACGAAGGCUAAGGAAGCUGCACUGAAAGCAGUUAAAGAGUUUCGUACACACCUCGAUGAUAUCAUAGCCGGUCUUGAAAACAAAACAGUGACAGACCUAGAGAGCAGAAACGUAGAGUGCGAUUUCCAGCUGGAGUCUGAGAUAGCUAAGGCCGAAAGGCUGCGGAAGCGCGCACAUGAGCGCUCACGGGAGCUGGAGGUGUCGGACGGCAACCUCUCAAGGCUGCUUGUCAGUCAGACGCUCGCCAAACAGGUUGUUUUCGAGACCGACACGCUCGUGAAAGCAGUACAGAAACUCACAUCAAAAACCAGGCUGUACUAUAAAAAUGACAAUUCCAUUACGAAUAGCCUGAAGAAUUUGGGUGGACUUGGAGCUAUCAGAGACCAGACGUUUAAGUUCGGCUCUGUGAAAAGCAAGCAGAAGUUUGACAUUCAACUUGAGGGUGAAGAACAGUGUAACGUGUGGGGAUCGUGCCUGACCGGGCAGGGUAACAUCGUCCUCGCCGACAACGGCAACAACAAACUGAAGCUUCUCGACAAAUAUUCCUACAUGGUCAUUGGACAGUGCCCCCUGCCGGCGUCACCGCGGUCACUGUUCAGGAUUAGUGAGACCGAAGUUGUAGUCAGUCUCAGUAACAAGUGCAUCUAUUUCAUUUCUACAGCGGAAAAAACACUAACAGUUAUGCGUCAUAUAAAACUUGAUCAUAAUUGCUUCGGACUGGCGUUUACCGACGGUGAACUGUACAUUUCCGACGGAAGUCAGAGCGUUUACGUGUACAAGACGGACGGGGAGCCGGUCAGAACCAUAGAAGGUACAGACGAAGCCAUUUUUUCUGAGAGUAGGGAUAUCACGGUCAGUGACGACGGAAGUAGAAUCCACGUUGCCGACAGCCGGAAGGGGUUGGUGACGCUCAGUAAGGAGGGACGCGUGCUUUGGCGGCACGCGGGGUCGGAACUGAAGGGGGCGUACGGCGUAUGUACGGAUGGCUCCGGAAACCUGCUAGUGACGGGAAUCCUCUCCCACAACAUCAUCCAACUGGGCAAAAACGGCGAGCGGCUGUGUGAGAUCAUCAAGGCGUCUGAUGACGUCAGCAGCCCGGUGUCCGUCUGCUUUGAUAGGCUUAACGAACGCGUUAUUGUUACAAAGAUUGGCAAUGUUGUGUAUUCUUUUGAGUUUGAAUGGUAGCAGCUAUGUUUCAUUUCCUGACGGAAUUUGGGGAACUUCGUUUUACAUAAACUGUAUACUUAUGUAAGAACUGAAAGGUGUGAAAUUAACUUUCAUAUUUACCACUCAAAGAAAUGGUGUGUAUACUUAACACCCAACUGCAAUGCUAAUGGAAUUCAAUUUCUGUUUCUUCCAAAGUUCUUUCAUUUUUUGUGCGCGUGCUCUUGUGAAUUUGUUCAUUUUCAUUGAUGUAUUCAAUAUUAUUUAUUAAUGAAUGUGAUUGUUUGUUAUUAUACUGGAAGUUGUUUUAAUCAUACUUAUUUUUAAUGUUAUUUGAUUUUACCGUUAUAUAUUAUGUUUGAAAAUAAAAUAAUGUUUUAUAUAUUCAA